AUGCAGACUGCUUCUACAAACAUUUGUGAAAGAAUGGGUCGCUCUCAGGAGCUCAAUGAAUUCAAGCGUGGUACCGUGAUAGGUUGCCACCUGUGCAAUAAGUCCAUCCAUGAAAUUUUCUUGCUACUAAAUAUUCCACGGUCAACUGUUAGUGGUAUUAUAACAAAGUGGAAGUAACUGGGAACAACAGAAACUCGGCCACAAAGUGAGCGGGGUCAGCGUAUGCUGAAGCACACCGUGUGCAGAAGUCGCCUACUGUCUGCAAAAUCAAUAGCUACAGACCUCCAAACUUCAUGUGGCCUUCAGAUUAGCACAAGAGUGCAUAGAGAGCUUCAUGGAAUGGGUUUCCAUGGC